GUCAAGAAGAACUCGGGGAAACUAGUUAGUAGGGCAGAAGCUACAUGCACAUGUGUGAAAGCAGUAUCCUCGGCAACGCAACAAUCCAAUGGAGGCCAGGGUCGUCGAUUGGACCCCCAGAUAGCGCACCAGCUCGUGGGCUGCUUAGGUGCAUAGCAGUCCCUCUCGCACCCUCCUUGUUCCUGGUCCCUGGUGUGGUGUUCUGGGUAGCGUGAUGGGGAAGCCAAGAGCGAAAGAAGAAUCGCCGCCGCCGCCAUUCUGGGCCUGGUCGAAGAGCU